AUUAGCCGUUUUAACUUUGUAAACGUUGAAUGCUUUUUUGUUUGUUUAGCAACUUCCAGUUCUUUGAGCAACAGAUUAGACCUAACUAUCAGCGUGUUACGUAAGACUUUCUACAAGUACGCGUAUUAGUCUUACCUUUACUUACAGUUUAAGAUGAUUAUUGCAUAAUAUUGAAUGCAACAUGGCAACAGCUGUUGUUAUUGGUGGAGGUGUUAGUGGUCUUGCCUCAGCAUUGUAUAUACAGAGAUCUUUGCCACAAUUUUCUAAGGUAAUUCUACUUGAAGGCAGCAGUCGAGUAGGAGGAUGGGUUAAUACCACCAGCUAUCCCGAUGGAGCUAUUUUCGAACAUGGUCCUCGAAGUUUACGUCCAGUGGGUGAGGCUGGCAGAAACACACUUUUGUUGGCUGAAGAGCUUGGCCUAACCAGGCAUGUUUUACCAAUAUUUCCUUCUGAUCCUGCAGCUAAAAAUAGAUAUUUGUUUGUUGAUGGGAAACUAUGUGCUUUACCCACCAAUGCGUGGAGCAUGUUCAAAAAACUGCCUCCUUUCACCAAGCCUCUAAUAACCUCACUUUGGAAGGAACCUUUUCAUAGAAGGAGUAAUGAACAGGAUGAGUCUAUUUACAGUUUUGUAAGGCGAAGAUUGGGUCCAGAGUUUGCAGAUAUUGCUAUAGAUGCCCUUUGCAGAGGUAUUUUUGCAGGGGACUGCCGAAAGCUUAGUGUCCAGGCAUGUUUCCCACCUCUUUAUGAAAUGGAGAAAAAAUAUGGCUCCUUAAUAGCUGGAGCUGUUUUUGGUUUCAAAGAUCCCAAAGUUGAAGCUACUGGCUUAGUCAGGCGAGCUAUUGAAGAUAAGUGGGCCUCCUGGUCAUUAUCUAAAGGGCUUCAACAAUUGACCGAUGCUAUGGCUGCCUCAAUACAGAACACAAAAGAAGGUGAAAUAAGGCUGGACACUAAGGUCACUUCUCUCAAGCCAAAUCAAAAUGGUAAAAUAAUAGUCUCUACCCCAUCAGAUUCUAUUGAAGCUUCUCUUGUUAUAUCUGCUGUCUACAGUAAAGAUUUAGCAGCUGCACUUCCUAAGAGCAUGACAGAUUUAAAAGAAGAUUUAUCUGCCCUUCCUUCUGUCAAUGUUGUGGUGGUCAAUUUAGAGUACAAGGAAAAUGUUUUGCCAGUCAAGGGUUUUGGUCACCUUCUGCCAUCAUUUGAAAGUGGACCCAUUCUGGGUGUAGUCUAUGAUUCAUGCACCUACCCAGAACAUAAUAGAAAAGGCUGUCCAGAAAGCACUCGUAUUACUGUAAUGCUCGGAGGAUCUUGGUAUGAUAAGUUACUGUCUCCUGAUGGAACUCUGCCUUCUGGUUCUGACAUUGUAUGGAUGGCUUCUCAGGCAGCUGCUCAACAAUUGGGCAUAAAAUCUCAUCCAAUCAGAUCUCAUGUAACAUUGCAGAAGGAGUGCUUGCCUCAGUAUAAAGUUGGACAUGUUUCUUGGGUGGAGAAAGUGGAACAGAAAAUCAAGGAGAGUAACCUUCCAUUGCACCUAGUGGGCUCUUCUUAUAGAGGGCCAGCCAUCAAUGACUGCAUCUAUAAUGCUAAAAAGGUGGUUGAAUCUUUAAAGACACACUGAUAGCAUUCACAUGUACGAGCGUAUGUAAAGUUCUCGCUCAAUCCACUGUGUAUGUGUUGAACUUCUAUUUUGUAAUAAAUGUUAUAAAAGGUAUGGAAAAAAACAUUACACAUGUGGUUCUAAUCAUAAUACCAGGAUAGAGUGCCAUUGUUCACUAUUACACACAUGUGGUUCUAAUCAUAAUACCAGGAUUGAGUGCCAUUGUUCACUAUUUUGUCAUUCUAAAGAUUGCAAUGAAAUAUUUUUUCUGCCCUACCUCACCCUUCCUUUUUUCCCAUCCUUUACCCAAAGUAUAGUUUGUAUUCUUUCAAAAACUUUUGAGAGAGAGAGAGAGAGACAGUAAGAAAGAGUAUUUUGUUUGUUAAUCAGAUUUUAAAGUUUUACUCUCAUUCUUAUCUGGAAUCAUUCAAAGUCCAUUAGAUGACAAACACUUGUGUAGUACUUAGAGAGUAGAGUUUUUGUUGCAGCAUGUUCAAGUAGUAGUUACAAUAAUGUGCAUGUGUUUGUCCUAGCAUGCUGAUGUUGAACUUGAUCAGGCUAAAGUCAUUCUGUAAAAUAGAGUUUUCUGACUGAUAAACCACUGGGCUGUGAUGUUUGACUGAGAUUGAUAGUAUAACAGUUUUUUUCGAAGACAUUAAUAAGAACAAAACUCAUUAUCUACAGAUUGACUUCAUUCAGAUUUAGUAUUUCACAUUUUGAUAAUUAUUUUAAUUGUAACCAUCAUUUUAAUUUUCUGUAAAUAAUCUCUCUAAGCUGGUCAAGGCUUCACUUUUUAUUUUGGCAAUAUCUUGUAUGAAGGCCUUGCUUGUAAUGUGCAAUCUAGCUAGUUCUAACCUCUUAUAUUGUUACAUUUCUGUUAUUCAUAGUUGAUUUAAUCAAAUAGGCUAUGGAGGGCAGUAUCUGAGUUGUGAAAUGAUGGGUUCUUUAACUUGAGUUUUGAGUUUGAAUUUCAUGCUGUGAUUUUCAAUUUAGGAUUUUAUGAUGUGCUUUUGUAUUGCCUGAUAAAACUAUUAGUAUUUUUGUUUAAUGUUGUAUAUCAAAUGAUGCAGAACUAACAAAUUUAUUUAUUUAUCUUGACUAAUAUUGAGAUGUCAAAAAUUGUCUUUCAAUAUUUAGGCAUUAUAUAACAAGGAGAUAGUUGAAGUGUCUGGUUUGAAAGCUUGUCAAUAAUUAAAUUUUAAACUAAGUCAAAAAUUUUUUUUUAGUAUUUUCAUUUUAAAUGUUUUUUAUACUUUAGUCUUAAAUUUUGUCAGCAAGAAGUAAAAUUAUCAAUAACUGGAGAAAACUAGAAAUAAGCAACUGCAGAACACUACAAUGAAGCAGUUAUAAAAAUUAAAAUAAUUUAUCAGCUAAUUGUUCUCAUAUAAGUUAAAUGAAUAAUUUAAUUGUUAAAUUAUUUUUUCUCAUGUACUACUUAAUCUCUGUAAUGUUUAAGCAUCUAAUUGGAUUACAUGACACUAUAUAAUUUUCAUCAUUCAUUUAUGUGAAAGAUUUGUACAGACCCACGUGUUGAUAUUUUUUCUUGAAAUUAAAGUUCAAGAUAGAUCUGACUCUUUCUAUUGUUAACAGGAAAUGGAAGUUUCUUAGGGUUUAGGGUUUUGUUUUUUCAUGACGCAAAGUGUUUCCUUGAGAUGGAAUAUUAAAUGUAUGUGUUGGGGGACACAAAAGAUGACCAGAUAAAGAUGUUUGAUUUUAAAUAUUGAAUCCAAUUGAGCAAUGUGUGAAGAAAUGUCCUAUUACACUCAGGACACUGUUUUGAAUAAUUGUAACUAAAUAAAUUUAAUAGUUAAUAAGACUAAGACACAAUUUCUUUUUUUAAUGACCUUGAAUUAUUAGCAUGAUAACUGUUGUAUUGAAUGAAACUCUGUGCCAGAAAUAAUAAUAAUUAUUAUUAUUAUUAUAGCUUUUAUAUAGCGCUACUUUCAUGCUUAUAGCAUGCUCAGAGCGAUUUUGGUCCAAUCUCAUUUGUGGACCAGUGGGGGGAGGGGGUAUCUAGGAGUUGGUUUUCCGUGCUGCCUUUAGCCGCUCAGUAAACACAACUCUGCCCGAGUCGGGUGUCGAACCUCGAGCCCCCUUCUAGGUAGCCAAGCCAAGUUCAAGCGCACUUGGCCUCUCGACCACGCUUAAUAAUAAUGACAAAAAUAGAUGAUGAAAUAUUGGACUUAAUGACAGACAUAUACAUGUAAGCUAAGUUGACAUUUUUUCAACAUCAUUUAUUUUUUCUAAAUUGAUUGUACAUGACUUGAAUGCCUAAUAGAUUGUUGUGAUUCAUUGUAUGUGUUCAAUGGUUCUCAACCUUUUCAAUGUUUAAUACUCUUGGGAAAAUGAAAACAAUCAUUCGAGAAGGGGCACAGGAAAAUCAGUGAACACCAAUAUGUUGUACAAUGUUUACUUUUUACAAUAAAGUACAAGCUUAGACUUGAUGGUAUUGUCUGUAAAUCAAACUACUAAGAUAAAUAGAUUUCUUGUAUUUUUAUGUUCUAUCAACUACUAAUUAAGGUUUCAGAAACUUAGCAAUACUUCUAAGUUUUCUCUGCCAGGUUUGGAAUUUAAUGAUAGAAAUGAUUUUAAAGAGUGUUAAAAGUAUUCGAUGCAUGUUUCAGUCUCCUUAAGAGAAAAUAGCGAAUGAAAUGAAAUAAGGGACUGCACCAACAAGGCUAGAACCAGAACCAUCUGUUUAAAAACACUUUGUACGAUGUAAAAUGUUUUUCAUUUUGUUGUCACUGUUCUCUUUGUUUGAUGUCAUGAAAACGAAAUGUAUGUUUCAGUAAGGACAGGCAAUGUCAUUCUGCAGCGAACUUAAUGAUAGAAACAUGUCAAUAGAGUUUUGGUUUAUGGAAAAAGAGUAAAUAGAAGAAAACUUUUUUUUCUCUUUUUUUACAUAUUUCAACUGCAGACAUUUGGCCCGCGGGUUGGGCACCAUUGUUUUUGCAUGAAAGCGUCUUUACUGAAAUAGUUGAUCUCAAAUGUUACAUCAAAGUUUUUACCCACAUCAUAUGUUGAUUUGAAUGUUACUAUGCAUGAUCAUUUUCCUUUCCAUUCUGCCUUUUUUCCUUUAAAAAGCCUCAAUAUACUUUGAUUCUUAAGCCUUGCAUUUCUCUGUUGUUGUUUUUUUUUUAAAUAACUUUAAAAAAAUAUUAAGAUGGAUUCCCAAAUGACUAAAUUUAUACAUUGGAACAGAGAAAAUAAGAAAUGUAUAAGAUCUUGUCUACCAAUCAUCUGACAGAAAAUUGUUAAAUGCUAUGUUGUCAUGGAAGAUAUCAUGUCUGUUUAUUGGUUAAUCUUUGCUUUUAUAUUAUGCUACUACUUGGGAAUCCAUCUUUUUAUUAUUUCAGAAAAUGUAUUGUAUCAUUUAUCUAAACAGUUGUUUAUUUUAAUUGACAAUGUUUAUCCUAACUUGUUAUAGUUACAAUUGAAAAAAAAAGUUGAUGUUAUCAAUAUAUUUCCACAUUUUUCGAGAUCUUUAAAUACAUCUUAUUGUUUUUUU